AUGGCACUUAAAGAAAUCGGGUGUAAUUCUUCAGAAUUAAUGGAACUUAGAAUCAAAAAGCACCAACAAAUAAAAUCUACAUAUGUAGAAAAAGAAAAUCUAGAUGAUAAUGAUCGUGAGCAAAAAGCAAA